AUGUGUGCAGCAGAACAGGAAAUCUGUACCCCCGUGAUUAAAGAAACUCAGACAUAUCUUCUCGUGGGAGCUCCGAAAGCCAACACUACCCAGCACAACAUUGUAGAAGGAGGCCAGGUGCUCAAAUGCAACUGGAAUUCCAACAGAAACUGCCAGCCCAUUGUAUUUGACUCCACAGGCAACAGAGAUUUUGCUCCUGGUGAUCCUCUGGAAUUUAAGUCUCAUCAGUGGUUUGGAGCCUCUGUGAGAUCCAAAAAUGAUAAAAUUUUGGCCUGUGCCCCUUUGUAUCACUGGAGGACAGAAACRAAGCAGGAGAGGGAGCCCGUAGGAACCUGCUACCUGCUGGAUGGGUCUCGAGCCGUGGAGUAUGCGCCCUGCAGGUCAAGUGGUGUUCAACAUCCAGACCUGCUUACUCCUCUGCAGGGAGACAGGGUUUUACUUGGAGGACCUGGAAGUUUUUACUGGCAAGGCCAGCUUAUAUCUGAUCGAGUGGCAGAGAUUGUGGAUAAAUAUGACUCGAGAAUUUACAGUACAAAGUAUGAAGACCAGUUAGCAACCCGGCCAGCCAGUGCUGCUUUUGAUGACAGCUACUUGGGUUAUUCAGUGGCUGUUGGAGACUUCAGUGGUGAUGGAAUAGAAGACUUUGUAUCAGGAGUCCCAAGAGCGGCAAGAACUCUGGGCAUGGUGUCUAUUUACAAUGGCAAAGACAUGUCUUCCAUGUACAACUUCACUGGAGAGCAGAUGGCUGCCUAUUUUGGGUAUUCAGUGGCUGCCACAGAUAUCAAUGGGGAUAACUAUACAGAUUUGUUUAUUGGAGCCCCUCUCUUUAUGGAUCGAGGUUCUGAUGGGAAACUUCAAGAGGUCGGCCAAGUUUCCAUUUGCCUUCAGCGAGCGUCUGGAGGGUUUCAGAUCACAAAGCUGAAUGGUUUUGAGAUAUUUGCAAGAUUCAGCAGUUCAAUUGCACCUCUGGGUGACCUAGAUCAGGAUGGCUUCAAUGAUAUUGCAGUUGCAGCCCCAUAUGGUGGAGAGGACAAGAGAGGGCUUGUUUAUAUCUACAAUGGAAGAGCGACUGGAGUGAACAGCGUUCCCUCCCAAAUCCUGGAAGGACAGUGGGCAGCUCGCACCAUGCCACCCAGCUUUGGGUACUCGCUGAAGGGAGCCACAGAUGUGGACAAAAAUGGAUAUCCAGAUCUGAUUGUUGGAGCCUUCGGUGUUGACACAGCUGUUCUGUACAGGGCUAGGCCAGUCAUCAGAGUAAAUGCUGCCCUGGAAGUUAAUCCAACUAUUCUAAACCCAGAAAACAAAGCGUGUUCACUGUCAGAUGUGAAAGUUUCUUGCUUUAAAGUGAAGUUCUGCUUAAAAGCGGAUGGCAAAGGAAAACUCCCUAACUCGCUCAAUUUCCAAGUGGAGCUGCUGUUGGACAAACUUAAACAGAAAGGAGCUAUAAGGAGAGCUCUGUUUCUCCACAGCAAACAGCCUAGCCACUCUAAGAACAUGACUAUUACAAAGGGAGGGAAAAUGAAUUGUGAAGAACUAGAUGCCUUUUUGAGGGAUGAAUCUGAAUUUAGAGACAAACUGACUCCCAUUACUAUUUUUAUGGAAUACCGUCUCGAUUACAGAACAGCUGCYGAUCCAACAGGAUUGACUCCUAUCCUCAACCAGUUCACUCCUGCUAAUAUGAGCAGACAGGCAUAUAUUCUGCUGGAUUGUGGUGAUGAUAAUAUCUGCAGACCAAAGCUGGAGGUUUCAGUAAAGAGUGACCAGAAGCAGAUCUAUAUUGGUGAUGACAAUCCUUUGACACUAACUGUCAGUGCUCAGAAUCAAGGGGAAGGAGCCUAUGAAGCAGAGCUCUUUGUCAUCGUCCCACCCCAAGCAGACUUCAUUGGUGUUGUUCGUAACAGAGAGGAUUUAGCCAGACUGUCAUGUGCAUUUAAAACUGAGAAUCAAACUCGCAUGGUAGUUUGUGACCUGGGAAAUCCCAUGAAAGCAGGAACUAAGCUCUUAGCUGGCCUGCGUUUCAGCGUGCACCAGCAGUCUGAAAUGGAUACCUCUGUGAAGUUUGACCUUCAAAUCAGAAGUUCCAAUCUAUAUGAUAAUCUAAGUCCAGUAGCAUCCUAUCAGGUUGACCUUGCCAUUUCAGCAGCCGUUGAAAUUAGAGGUGUGUCGUCUCCUGACCACAUAUUCCUUCCUAUUGCAAACUGGCAGCCCAAGGAAAAUCCAGAAACAGAAGAUGAUAUAGGGCCUCUAGUUCAGCACAUCUAUGAGCUAAGAAACAAUGGACCAAGUGCUUUCAGUAAGGUGAUGAUGACGCUACAGUGGCCUUACAAAUACAAAAACGACACACUCCUGUAUAUCAUUCAGUAUGAAAUUGAUGGUCCUAUGAACUGCACUUCUGAUAUAGAGAUCAACCCAUUGAAAAUUAAGAUUUCUGCUCCUAAAGAUGAGGAUAAGAAUGAAACACUUAAUAGGGAAGAUAAUCGUGGUCACCGUAUCAGUCGAAGGGAUUUAUCUGCCUUUGAGGGAAACGUUCAUACUUUGGGCUGUGGAACUGCUGAUUGUUCAAAGAUAGUCUGUCAAGUUGGCCACCUGGAAAGGGGAAAGAGUGCAAUAUUGUAUUUAAAAUCCCGCCUUUGGGUCCAAACCUUCAUGAAUAAAGAAAAUCAGAAUCGCUCUUAUUCUCUCAAAUCAUCUGCUUCGUUCAGUGUUAUAGAAUUCCCUUAUAAGAACCUUUCCUUUGAAGAUAUCCAUAAUUCUACAAUUGUUACUACAAAUAUUACAUGGGGCAUUCAACCCCAGCCUAUGCCUGUGCCAGUGUGGGUUAUAAUUUUGGCUGUCCUAGCAGGAUUAUUGCUCUUGGCUGUUCUAGUGCUUGUUAUGUACAGGAUGGGCUUCUUCAAACGUGUGAGACCACCUCAAGAAGAACAAGAAAGAGAACAACUGCAGCCCCAUGAGAAUGGGGAAGGAACAUCAGAAGCUUAAGCAGAGUUUUAUCUGUAAGACAUUCUAAAACUUUUCGAAGUCUUCAUCGAGGUUACAAAUACUGGCUUCCCUGUUAAGGAAAAGACACUCGUGACUGCGAUGCUGCUGAUGUCAAAAGGUAUUGGCACCUGCAAAACAAGAGCAAUGUGUAUAAAUCAUCCCUUUUGUAUUAAUCAUGUUGACACAUGUGACUAAUGCAUAUGCACUGAUUUGUGAGUAACGCGUAGUGCUUUGAUUUUGCUUACUGGGAUGUAGGAGGCAACAUCACUUUCCAGUUCAGUCUGCCUCUGCAUGACUUGCUGCAUAGAUUCCAUUUACACUCUUUAAGCCAGCAGCUACUGUAGACACUUUCUGGAUUACGUGUUUUGAUAGAUUUUUGUUGUAGUACACUACACUUAAUUUUCUAGCUCAUGAAAGCUAGUUGCACAAAAAACCAAGCACAGCUUGUUUUACAAAGCUAAAGAGUAUUCUUUGACCCAUUCAUUUUGCUAAUGAUUUUUCCUCCUGAUCAAAAAAAAAUAAUGAAAGAGGUUAUUCAGUGGAAUCAUUACCCUCUGAUCUCUUCUACACCCCAGUUUCCCCUUCCUGCCUGGCCAUCUAUCCCCUGGACUCCCCUGAGACUGCUCUCCUGAUGCAAGGUCCCCUACCUUAGAGACUGAGGCUAUGGAAAGAGAAGUGAGGGAGAAAACUGGGGGUGUUGCACUCCCUAUGAGACCCUGAGAGAAGAUGCAGGGCAAGAUCCAAAGACUGUUCUUUGCACGAAGGUGGGAUUGAUGGGUCCCACAGAAUUCUGGGCAUCCAUUCAGGUACUGCCAAGGGCAAGAUGUUGGACUUAGCUGCCAAAAGAUGUGUCUGAUCUGAAAACACAUAGUCUUUAUGCCUAUAGAUCAUACCUCCAUAGGACUUAAAACUGCAUUUUCUUGGGUUGAACUUCCAUCCUUGGCAAAACAGUAGAGGGAAUAUUUGUGGCAGGUUACCUGGGGCACCCUGGGAAAGCUGCUAAUAAUUCGAGUAUUUAUAGUUUACCUUGUCCAAGUGCAGGACUGGGUACUACAGAAGUGCUUUAGCCUACACUAUCUGCCAGCCAAACGUAUCUAGAUCACAUCAAUGCUUUAGCAGCCCUCACCCCUGCACUGCCACUUGCCCUAGGAGAACAGAGAACUUGGUGACAAAGCGGAGUGUGGCCAGCAAAGUGCAAGGGGUUCAUGAGGAAAGGUUGAUUUGGCUUGUUGAAUUUUUAUCUUGCACAAAAAACUUCUUUCACUACCAGAAAAGACACUAUUUUCUGUUUCACUGUUGGCUUUUAAACAUUCUAAACUUCAGAGAGUUAAAGCUAAGGCUUUAAAUUUUUUACUUUACUUCCCCUUGCUUUGGUCCUUGCUUUGCACGGGAAGGUGGCCUAAAUGCGUUUUGGUAAGCAUGUCACUGCUAGCUAGGAGGUUGUAACCACAUGUAGGUGUGCAACAGAAAUCUUACCUGAAUGUGUUUAUUCUCCUUUUGAAAAAGAGAGCUUUUAAAUACAGCCACACACAGAAAGGAAGACUUCUGCUAUUGCUAUAAUUAUACCAGUGGGGUUUCUGUGUUUACAAACUCUGAAGUACAAAAAUUUCUGGUUUGGUUUGGUUUUGUACUUUUUUUUUCUGAAGAAGCACUUCUCAUAAAUGCUCAUAAUGCUCAAUGCUCAGUAAAUCCAAAAGUCUGUAAAGUGAACAGUUCACUUCAACUUUUAUUUGUGUACUUCGAGAUUUAAAAUCCACAAAUGGCUUUCACUGUUAAGUCCUUUUUUCCCUGAACUAUGAUUCCAUUUGAGUCAUUAAUAGAGACAGCACAAAGUUAAUGUGGGGACCAGUUUGUACUUCAGGUAGAGGCUUGCAUAUUUAUCUGUUUACUCGUUUUCAUUUUAGACAAUUUUUUUGAGCUUAGUUUAUAUGAGAGGGCAUAGGGCAAAAUUUUGGUUCCACUGAAUUUUAAUGUCUUCAAUGUGGUCAAGGUUUCAUUCUUCUCUUUCCUUCUAGCAUUGUUACUUUAAUCCUUGCCUUCAAAUGCAACUUUUAUAAAACACAGGUUCAUUUCACAGGAUUCUAGACUCUUAGUUCACAUACGUUGCCAAUUAUCUGUAUGCAAGAGGAUUGUUUUUACUGUGGCUUAAUAAGUUAAGAGGCUUAAGACACUGUCAGUAGACAGGUAAGAGCUCUAAAUCUUGGGUGUAUGCUUUUGUUACACGUACACGCCCUGUUGACUUGAAAUUCAAUAGACUACUUGCAGGGCYAGGCAUUAUAAGGAGAUGGAGGAAAUAAAAACCAUGGUCAGGAUCCCUUUGGCUCAUGAGAAAGGGACACUACGUUCUUGUUCAUGUCAGAGUUAACUACAUCUUAAUUUUCCUAUGUCAACUGGAAACUUCUUGUUGUGCUUCAGCAUAAAAGRGUACACUUUAUUGGUACAACUGCUGUAGCUACGGAAGUUCCUUCUGUGUAUUGAGAUGAUAUAAAGUAAGACUUAUUUAAGUGAUUUUUAUUUUCUCGCAUUAUACUAGAAAGUAAUUGCUACUUUGUCCACUAAUAUUGAGGUUAAUUAUUUUAAAAACAAAGCCAGAACAAUUGCAACGUACAGGUCCCUUAAUGAGCACAGAUGUAGCACUCCAAAUUCAGCUUAAAGUUCUGCUUGAGUUGCAUAGAAAUCAGAAUACUUUUCUGAACAUGCAUGAGGAUGAACGGAAAUUUUUGGUUUUACAUUCUAGAUUUAGCAAAAAGUUUACAAAAUAUACAUGYACCUGUGUUACUAUAGAAUCCCUAGUGGCUUACAGGCAUUGAUACAUCCUUAUGUUUUAAUGAUGCUGAAACUUUUAAAUAAACUUUUAAAAACGUGUUUUGGAGUGAAAUGAAUGCCCCUAAGUCAAAAAUCAUGUGCAUAAAAUGGAUAUUGUGAAUAAAAUAYAAGUAUGUUAACAGGUAAUUGACUUAGUCCUCUUUUGAGAGAGUUAUUUUAUAUAAAACAGUGAUUUAUAUUGCAAAAUGUGCAUUAUGUGGUACUAUAUUUGACAAUACUUAGAAAAAUGUAGARAGGAACCUAGUUUGUAUGUUUACGUUUCAGAAACACUACUAAAAUCUGGAUUUAUCCUCAAGCAUGUCUGCAAAAUCAGACAUGGAAUAGAUUUAUCAAUAUAAAUUGAGAUUUUUUGAGAAAUUUUCAUAUGUUAGUAUCAAGUUUUUGGAUUAUAUAUGACUCUUUUUCUGUUUCAAGUUUUUAUUUACAUGUUGAUCUUUGAUUCAUAUAAUGCUUAUGAAAUUUGAUUAUGAUAAAGUAAUAUUUGGCCCUUGUUUAUAMAUGCCAAGCAAGCAUUUUAAAUACUUAGUACUUUCUAAAAUUGUGCUUAGGUAAUCUUAACAGUAAACUUUCACAGGUAUAAUUUGAAAAUAUUUCCGCUUUAUUCAGCAUGUCCAUGGUGCUUUCAAAGCAGUAGAGCAAUAAAUCCCUGUUGAGGAAAAUGCAAUGACCUGCUCCUGAAGAGUGAGUCAAGGUUUCUAGCAUGGCAUUUUUUGGGGAAUGAGACCACAUUUUGCAACAUUCUGGUCUGUUGACAGUUAUCCUGCCAUAGAUGCUGCAGUAUUUUUUUUUCACACCCUUUUAAGUAGUCACAGGUAGCCUUAGCACAAUGAAAAUCCAACAGCAUCUGUUUUCAGUCCACAUGGAGGCUAUUCUAUAGUUUUAUGGAAAACCUGGCAUUAAUUUCARUUGUCUUUGAAUUAGAACUUCUGUUUUCAAUAUGGAUUAUUGUUGAUGAGAGGGUAAAAAGAGAUGUCCUUUUUUAAAGGAGAAUGUAAAUGCCAAAUGAAAAGGAAGGUGGCAGGCUGCAGAUUCAACUUCUGCAAAGUUGUUUUUUGGGGUGUUUUGUGCUGUGUGUUUGUAUGUGUUUCUCCAUUUGCCUGUUUCUGAGGUAGGAAGACCUCCUUAGUGCAGUUGUUGGUGGUCUCCUACCAUGAAAAAAUGCCCUACUCGGCAGCAUGGUGACAUGCAGAGCUCUGAUAAUUCUCGUUGAACUUCAGUGGGACCUGAACUUUUUGGUACUCAAUCUCUAGCUUCUAAUUCCCGAGUGCAAUGUAACAUUAUGAUAAAAGUUCAUUGCCAAGUUGGUUAAUUUGUGUUCGUUUAAUAAGGGAUGUAGCAUUUGUUGACUUGCAGUGGUUGAUAUUUUUGAGCACAUUUACAAAACUAGAGUGUUAAAUUGAGGUGAUAAAUGAGUAGUGUAGAAAGGUUUUGAUCACCCACAUUGGGUGAGAUUUGAUGUAUAUUCUGAAGCUUAUGUAUUACUAACUCUUGAGUUAUUGAGAAUAGGUACUUUGAGUCCUCUGUGGCAAAUUUAACUAGAGACUCUACCUAUAAUAAUGGCUUUGAGUCUGUAGUGC